ACAUCUCAGUUAAAAAUGUGCAAAGCUGGUGGAGACAUACUUCUACAAGACCACAACUGAAAUUUCAGCCACAAUGGUUCUACAAAUGAUCAAACUAAAUGUGACUGAAUGGAAACAUCACACCUUGCAGACAUGUUGGGAAACAGGAAGAAAGGGGGAAAUCGCCUCAGCACAGCUGUUUUAGCUACAACAAGCAGUACGUGUAUUAACCCGGCCCUGGCACCGUUCUCCGACAGAAGAUGGACACGCGAUUCACUCGAGGAAAGUCCACCAUCCUGGAGCGACCUCUGACCCGGCCCAAGACUGAAGUGAGCCUGAGCGCCUUCGCCUUGCUGUUCUCGGAGAUGGUCCAGUACUGUCAGAGCCGGGUGUACUCGGUGACCGAGCUGCAGACGCGCCUGGCCGAAAUGGGUCAGCACGUGGGAGCCAGCAUGCUGGACGUGCUGGUGCUGAGAGAGAAGAACGGCAAGAGGGAGACCAAAGUGCUGAACAUGCUGCUCUUCAUCAAGGUUAACGUAUGGAAGUCCUUAUUUGGUAAGGAGGCUGACAAGCUGGAGCAGGCUAAUGACGAUGACAAGACUUAUUACAUCAUAGAGAAAGAUCCUCUCAUCAACACGUACAUCUCGGUUCCCAAAGAGAACAGCAGCCUGAACUGUGCAGCCUUCACUGCGGGCAUCGUGGAGGCCAUCCUGACACACAGUGGCUUCCCUGCUAAGGUCACCGCUCACUGGCACAAGGGCACCACGCUGAUGAUAAAGUUUAACGAGUCGGUCAUUACCAGGGACAAGGCUCUGGAUGGCAGAUAGAGACUAGAAAACAGAGCGCGGUGGUGAGGUUCUUCCUCCGGAUGCUCAGAGGUCCCAUGCUGAUGAGACGGGAUCUAAUGUAGGGAAGAAAAAAAAGCGUUUUUGUUGGUUUAGUGGAUCAUCUUUACUGUGUUGUACUUAGUGGCAUGUGUGAUUGUUUGCAAUCUAAAUCUUAUGAAACAACAAAAUAAAAACUUUUCCUG